GAGUGAAGACCCGCAUGCGGUAAAGCGUGAAAUCACACUUCACACAUGUUCCGGCGCUGCUGUCCGAGGCGUCUGACCGGGUAAGGUUUCGGGCAGAGGGUGCGUACGGUACGCACCCACGUGUACGUCUUAAUGAAGGGUUGCCGAUGCUGCAGUCCAGCAUCUUCAACUAUAAAAUCCCACAACCCCUCCCACAAAUUUUUUCAUUCCAUGCUCUGAUCUCAUAAACAAACAAGAUUAGCAUAUCCCCACUUUCUCAUCACUUUGAGACACUUAAAUUAGCUACAGCUUACUAAUUUGCCAUGGUUUCCGAGAGGAUAGUGUCCAAGAGUGUAUGUGUUAUUGGUGCCGGACCCUCAGGACUGGUGGCAGCGAGAGAGCUAAAAAAGGAAGGGCACAAUGUGUUGGUUUUUGAACAAUGUCAUGAUAUUGGAGGGCAAUGGCUGUACAAUGCUCAAGUUGAAGGGGAAGAUCCCUUAGGAAGGUCUAGAUUCUUGAAGGUCCAUAGUAGCAUUUAUGCAUCGCUAAGGCUCAUAUCUCCAAGAGAAAUUAUGGGGUUUUCUGACUUCCCUUUCUUGACCAAAAAGGGGAGAGAUCAAAGGAGAUUUCCAGGCCAUGAGGAGCUCCUCGCUUAUUUAGGUGAUUUUUGUGAGUUUUUCAAGGUGAGAGAGAUGAUAAGGUUCAACACUAGGGUCGAGUACGUUGGGAUAAUGAAUGAUGAUAACGGGAUCGGGGGCGACAUGAGGUGGACUGUGAAGAGCAAAGAGAAGAAGGGUGGUGAUGAGAAGGUUGUGGAAGAAGUCUUUGAUGCUGUGGUGGUGGCUUCUGGUCAUUAUUCCCAGCCCAGGCUGCCUCGGAUCAAAGGGAUGAAUGCGUGGAGAAGAAAGCAGAUGCAUAGCCAUAUUUACAGAAUGCCAGAGCGGUAUCGCAAUGAGGUGGUUGUGGUAGUUGGGAGUUCACUGAGUGGGCAGGAUAUUUCCAUGGAGCUUGUAAAUGUAGCAAAGGAAGUUCAUUUGAGCGCCAAGUAUCCUCGUAACGUUCCGGAAGGCUUGUCAAAAGUCAUCUCCAAACAUGCUAACUUUCACAUUCACCCUCAGAUAGAGUCAUUGCAAGAAGAUGGGCAGGUUGUGUUCAUGGACGGCAGUUCCACCAUUGCAGAUACCAUCUUAUACUGUACAGGGUACUCCUACUCCUUCCCAUUUCUUGACACCAAAGGCAUGGUUGUAGUGGACAAUGACAGAGUGGGACCCCUAUAUGAGCACACAUUUCCUCCUUCACUAUCUCCUUCUCUGUCCUUCAUUGGUAUCCCAAGAAAGCUCAUAGGGUUCCCUUUCUUCGAGUCUCAAGCAAUAUGGAUAGCGCAGCUUUUAUCUGGAAAAAGGACACUGCCAUCACGGGAGGAAAUGAUGCGGUCCAUAAAGGAGUUUUAUAAGUCUAGGGAUCUUGCUGGCAUUCCUAAGCAUAAUACCCACGACCUUGCGGACUUUGACUACUGCGAUAAAUAUGCAGAUUAUGUUGGAUUCCCACAUCUAGAAGAAUGGAGAAAGGAGCUUUGCAUAUCAGCUCUGAUAGACUCAGAAAUCAACCUGGAGACGUAUAGGGAUGUAUACGAUGACCAUGACAUGCUUCAAGUAGCUUAUCAGAGUCCUCACUUCACUCAGGUUGACUCUCAGGCUUUCACUGGGUGAAUACAUUGAACAGAAUAUGCAACACUUCUCCAUUCAGUUUAUGCAGGACUAAUUUAUUUAAUUGGUUGAUAGCUACCACUAGACUUAAGUGUUUUUCUCAGCAUGUAACAAAAGACACAUCAUCAAGAUGAAACAAUCUAUGCUAUCUACCUUCUAUUUAUCAAGACUUAAGUUUGUUUUGCAUGAGGCAUCUUCCCAAGUGUACAAACCAAAAAGUGAAGACAUGGGAAAAAGAAAAUCUGAUUUUUGGCUGUAAAUAAGCAACUAAUGUGGAGUUUCCAUAAUCUGUCAAUAAGCUUAAAAAAACUGGUCGCCCUCAUCAACUACACAGAAAUUAGAAUAUAUAUUAGAGUAAAACUAGUUCCAACCACCAACUAAUGUUUUUUAUUCAAUAAAUAAGAUGAUGACACUGCUUAUGAUGCCACUUUUCAACUUAAACGUUUCUGGUGAAAAUGCUUUAUGUGUAACUGCUUCCCGCAUAUGGUUACCAAGCAUAAGUGACAUGCACUAUAGAGUAAGGACCACAGUGGGCAAAAAAAUAGAGGCCUCAUAAGUCACAACGAUCGAUUUGUGAUGAUCAUUAACCAUAACAUUUUUUCCUAUUAUAUACGGAGUAUAUCAAUAUCAUCUUAAUUAUUUCAUUUACAUUCCUUUUGAUUGUUAUUGUGUGCACUUGUUCUUUUUCCUUAGAAAGAUACUCUAAUAGUGCCAUUUUUUAGAAAUCGAAAUUCCCACCACCAUUGUAUACCUUUUUUGUUUCACCAGUUUCACUAAUUAAAUACAGAAAUGGAGAUCAAAGUAUGCCAAACUUGUAAGCAUAUGUGAUAGGUGAAAUGCAUAUAAUGGAAAUGUAUCUUCACUUUAUGUGGAAACAGUUGCUCAGCGCAUUAUAAACACCUGGUGUUGUGGGAUGAUGUGUUGACCCACCAGAAGAAUAAUGUUCUUGUAGACUCAUAUAAACAAAAGAGCUAAAGUAGUCAUGAAUGUCAGGAAAAUUUUUUGAGUGGUUGAGUAGUCCCAACUCAAAGUUGCAUACCAUAAAUUAUAUACUUAAUCCUUGAACGAGCACAUCAGCCAUAGGAAAAGUUUUGUCAACAAUAAUAUGAACAGUCCUUGUAAAUUGAGAUGGAAAAGACUGAGUUCAUAUCCACCUCGGCACAACCGGUUAAUGAUCUCUUUCGGAAUUCUCAGCAGAGCCAAACUUGUCACUUCGCGACCAAUUGUAACAACCUCAAGUCCAGGUAUGGUUCCCUAGCAAUUUCCAAAUUCAAAAUCUACUCAACCAUGCAAAGUGCCACUUCAUAACAGUGAGGGAAAAACUAAUGUGCUAGUUCUGUUAACAUAGGUAGAAGAUCUUUGCUUGAGCUUUGCAGACCCAGACACUGUUACAACAGCUAAUUUCUCCCAGAUAGACUACAAAGGGACCAUAAUAAUUGGGUGCUACCAAUAAUCUUUGCAAGAACAAAUACCUCCACUAAAAUGGUGAAAGAGAUAUAUAUCUCUGACGAUAAUAUUCCUUCUAUAAACUGCUGAGACAAGCUUAAAGAAGUGAUGGCAGUCAUGGCAAAUCCUUAAAUUUUUCAUUAUCCUUAAGGUAUUACUCGAUGAAUUCAAAAGCCCAAAUGCUAAUGCGAGUUUCUCACUAUGGUGUAUCAGAUUAUGUUCCUUCUCCUCUUCCUCAACAUCAUAUAAAACCAUUCCUGUAUCUGCCUCAUAGCCAAGUAAUUUCAACUUUUCUUUCAUGUCUGCCAACAUAUUGCGAACAUUCUGAUAUCCUGGACCAAUUGAAUCUGAAGCCUGAAAUACAUACAUUGCACUAUCAAUUUCAAUUGAACUCCAACCAGGGACCUUUCUGAUUCCUUUGCUAUCCAUUAAUUUCCUUACUUCUCCAACUUCGGCCCACUUCUUAUCAUGAACAUAAGCAUUUGACAGCAACACAUAAUUUUCUGCAUUCCAUGGUUCUAGCGCAAGAAGCUUUUGGAUUGCAAACUCGCCAAUUUCUGCAUGUCCAUGAAAUCUGCAAGCAAAGAGCAAAGCCCUCCAUAUAGCAGGGUCUGGCUGCAGACUCAUAAAAUGGAUCAUCUCCACAGCUUCAUCCAAAAAGCCACCACGACCAAGUAGAUCAACCAUACACCCAUAAUGUUCAAUAGUUGGUUCCAACCCAAACUCAUUCCUCAUUCUUGCAAAAAGUGUCCUACCUUCCUCAACGAAUCCUUGGCGACAACAAGCACACAAAGCUCCCAAGAAAGUCAACCCAUCAGGCUUGAAAUUUUCCAUGAUCAUCCUAUUGAAAGAUUGCAGUCCAACCUCGCCUCUUCCAUUCAUGGCAUAUCCUGAUAUCAUAACAUUCCAUGUAUGCACAUUUUUGUCCGGCAUGGACAGAAAAACCUUCUCAGCCGCAUCAAUAUCACCACAUUUAGCGUACAUGUCAAUAAGUGCAGUGCCAACAUAAACAUUCAGCAUCAAACCAUUGUUUUUUAUGUAAUCAUGAAUGAACAUCCCUUGAUCCAAAGCUCCCAAAUGAGCACAAGCAGACAAAACACUGGACAUAGUCACCUCACCAGGGCGAACAUCACUCCCCAGCAAUUCUUGAAACACAUCAAUUGCCUCCCUGAACUUCCCCAUAUGUGCAUAACCAGAGAUUAACGAAUUCCAUGAAACCGUAUUUCUUUCAGGCAUUUCAUCGAAUAUCCUACGAGCUUCCUUGCACUGUCCGAACCCACAGUGCAUGUAAACCAGAGAGGUGUUUGCAUAAAUAUCAGAACGAAACCCCAUUUUCAUUACACUACAAUGCACUGAUUGGCCGAACCCCACGUAGCACAACUGAGCUACUGACUUAAGGACGCUUGGGAAAGUCGAGUUAUCAGGCCGAAUGUCGAGUCUGUGCAUUUGGGUGUAAACAAAAACCGAAUACAAGUGCUUUCCUGAAUCCGUAUAUCUUCUGAUAAUGCAGUUGCAAGUCUCCACAUUAAUGAGAUGACCAAACUGGGUAAAGAGAAUGGCGGAUGGACCAAACCCGCGAGAUGGCAGAGAAGCGUCGAGAAGUUUCGUGAAGGAUGGGUGGCUAAAUAAUGGUUGGAAGCCUGAGAGGAUUGCAGACGAGCGAUCACCGGCAGACGGAAGUCGUUGGAGUAGAUUCAGCGAUGAUUUCAUGAUCAACACAAAUUACUUGGGCCAACAAGUAUUACACUAUUACUCCGUAAUAGAAUUAUCUAGCACCUCAG